UCCAAACUUCACUUGGCACGUUGAUGAUGGAUCAGGAUCAAGGGUCUGUGGCCACAACAGCCCCUCAACAAGGGCAACCACAGCAGCAGCAGCAGCAGGAGCAGCAGCAGCAGCAACAACAACAACAGCAGGAGCACGAGCAAAAGCAGCAGGAACAGCAGCAGCAGGAACAGCAGCAGCAGCAGCAAAAGCAAAAACCAGGCAAGGGUGCACGGCGCCGCCAAAACCGCAAGAAGAAGAAGGAGAAGCGAAAGCGCAUGCAGCUGACAUGCACACAACCCAAUCAAGCACUGAAACUGCGCGGCGUCGCCGCAAUCCUGCACACCCUCCUUGGUUUUGGCACUGUCGCCCCGAAGAGCCACGGAUUUCGGCUCGAGCACCAGGAACGCCUCGGGCAGGUUCGCGUCCUUCUUGUGCAAGGCCUCUCGCCCGACUCCCUGCGCACGUGCCAGCGAGUCGUGGGUGUUCCGUUUGGUGAGCCUGAAGCAGCACUUUCAUCUUCACCCAAAACCAACGCAAGCAAGAACGACACUCCCGCUCAACAGCUCCAAGUCAAGGAUGAGGGCGCAACGGGCGUCGCUUCAACGGGCGUCGCCUCAACGUCAACGUCAGCCCCAUCGUCGGAGCCCACGCAGCCGUCAGAAGCGACACCGACGCCCUCCUUCAAGCGGGUGCUGAAGCUGCCGGGUGCGGAUGCGUUUGUGGAGAUUGGAUCCAUUGCUCUUCUGAACUCCGUCCCACCACCCCGCUAUCAGCAGAAGAAGCAGAACAAGUCCAAGAAGAACAAUUCUUCCUCGCAAGGCAGCAGUGCACACGACGAGAAUGACGACCGCAUCACGUGGACCGACCUCCUCUUGACGGAGCAGCAGCUCAUCGACAACGAAUACCUGCCUGUCACCGACACAGCCAGUCAUGCCAGCCAGCCGGCAAGCGCGUCGCGGUCCUCGCCGUCCACAGCCACCACCAGCAGCAGCGCUGCACCUCCGCCAUCGUACUGGCAGCUGCCUGAUGCCAGGCACAGUGGCAAUGGUAACCACGGCCAAAGCGCCGGCGGCACUGAUGGUGCGAGCAAGACAACAGCACCAACAGCACCAGCAGCAGUCGUACCACCACAGCAACACCAGCACGAACAGCAGCAGCAGCAGCAGCAGCAAAUGUCACCGCGGGUGUUUGCUCUCGACUGUGAGAUGUGCAUUACGGACAAUGGGUUUGAGCUGACGCGCAUCUCGAUCAUUGACGAGCGCGAUCGCGUUGUGCUGGACACGCUGGUGCAGCCGCCAAACCCGAUUCGCGACUACGUGACCAAGUACAGCGGCAUCACGGCUGCCAUGCUGGAGGGCGUCACUACCACCCUGGCUGACGUGCGCCGCGCAAUGUGCAGCAUCAUGACGCGCCACGACAUCCUCGUCGGCCACUCGCUCGAGAACGAUCUCCGCGCGCUCUCGCUGCGGCACACACGCAUCGUCGACACGGCCAUCCUGUACCAGGGCACGCGGCGGGGCGGGUACAAGCCCAAGCUGAAGACGCUGGCAGAGUCGCACUUGCAGCGCCGCAUUCAGCGGGAGGGGCAAGUCACCCCACAGCAGAGCGGUGUGGCUCGUGUUGGUGAUGGUGGCGAUGAUGAUGGUGAUGAUUGUGAUGGUGGCGAUGUGGCACAGGAGAAUAAGCAGGGGGCGGCCGUGUCGGUGUCCACGGUGAUGGCAAGAGUCUCGACGACACGAACGCCGGCGCAAUCAGGCGCAUCGACUGCACAGGACGAUGGAACAAAGGACAAGGGUGCGACCGCAGCAAAGACAACGUCAUUAUCACGUGAGGUGGCAGUGGCACAAGUCAUCACCACAGCGCAGGGCAGCACUUCCAUGGUUGCCGCACAGGCAACAACCACGACCACAGCCACGACCACGACCACGACUACGACUACAACGGCAGCGGUGCAGCAUCAGCAAAGGAAGCGGGCAGCACACGAGGCAACCACAAGCAGCGCUACCAACAGCAACGCUAACACCAGUAACAGCACCACCACCAGCAACAACGACAGCAAGCAGAGCGGCGCCACGGACCGCGCUCACACCACCGAGGCAAUGUCCACAUCGACAGCCACAGGACCAGCAACCGCUACAGACGGCGAUGACGAUGAUGAUGAGGAGCAGCAGGUGAAGCGGGCAAAGAGCGAGGACGGCGCGAGUGUUGCGGCGCCCGCAGAACAGGUCAGCAUGGUGGUACAGAACCCUUCCACAACAGCCACGACGACGACAACAACGACAACGACGGCGUCAAAGUCAUCGGUUGUGCUUGCGAGCGCUGCGUCCCACGGGCACUGCAGCAUUGAGGACGCGCGCGCGUGUCUGCAUCUGGCGCAGUUGAAGUUGGAGAAGGGGCGGUCGUCGCUCAGGCCGCCGGACGAGGAAACCAAUGUCUUCGUGCACACGCGCAGGCGGCUGGAGCGGCAGCAGCAGCAGCGCGAGGAGGAGCAGGAAGAGAGGAGGAGGAGGAGGAGGAGGAUGGACGAAGGCGAGGAUGGUGAUGGUGGUAAUGGUGGUGGUGAGGAUGGUGAUGGUGGUAAUGGUGGUGGUGAGGAUGGUGAUGGUGGGAAGGAGAAAGGUGGUGGUAAGCAAGGGGAUGCGCGUGGACAGGGGAGUGCGACACCUGCUGGUGUGCGGCAGUUUGAUCCAAAGCACACUGGUUGCGUCAUUGGUUCGCACUUUCUGUGCCAGGCCAUGUCCAAGUUUGGCGUGCAUGUGGUGCAGGCCGACACGCUUGCAGAGGCGAAGCGGGCAGUGAACGGCAGCGUUGCACGGGCGAGCAAGCUGCUUGUCGUUGAGACGGCUGCGCUUGACCAGGCGUUGGGGCGUGGGGAAGCGGUUGCUGAUGCCGCAACGACGGUUCAUGAGUUGGUGCAGGCACUGGCGCCGACAGACGCACACGCAAACGACCUCCUGCUUGUCGUUGGUCUCGGGGAGCGCCACUUGUACCGUGCUGCGUGCCAGCGUCGCACUGCAAUCCGCAAGCAGACGGGCCGCAUCCCCCCGCCCGACGCAGACUUCAAGGCGGCUGUGGCUGACGCGCGCGUGGGCGUUCUCCUCUGCUAUCACGCCCCGUAG